GCGCGCGCGCGGCGGGUGGUGUGUAUGUGUGUGUGCGCGGGGUGGCGCGCUGUCGUCGAGCGAUCGCUCAGCACCAGCGUCGGCGGCGGCGGCGGCGGCAGUGCGCUCGCGGAAGAGACAUCGUCGGGAGGAAGAAGCGAGCGCCGCGCCGUCGGAUCGAUCGGUCCCGGCAGUCCUCAGUGAGCUCGUCGCCGCCGCUACCUGCAUGAAGGCGAUGGUGGUGAGCCCGGUGAGCGGCAGGAUGCCGCCCAACCAUCACCGCGGCGUGCUGCACAACGGCCUGGGGAUCGGCGGCACCAGGCGCGACCUCGAGGCCGAGGAGGUGGCCGCCUACCUGACCAAGCUGCGCUCCCUCGUGCCGGACAUGCCGCGCAAGCGGAAGCUGUCCAAGCUCGAGGUGAUCCAGAGGGUGAUCGAGUACAUCUGCGACCUGCAGACCGCCCUGGAGGAGACGAACGCCGCGCACCAGGACGCCAAGACGACGACGCCGACGACGGCGACGGCAGCGGCAGCGUCGGAGGCGUCCGAGGCGGCGGUGACGGCGACGACGACGCAGUCCUCGAGGCAACCCCUGCAGCCCCUGCUCAACGCCACCGCGGCGUCGGUCGCCGCGACGACCACCGUGACGGUCGCCGACCGGUGACCUGCCGGCCGGACCCACUAGGGUGUUCUGGUCGCGCCGAGGCCACCCUCCUCCUCCUCGCGGAUUCGGUAGAGAUCGCUUCCGCUCCUGGAGAGAGAGAGAGAGAGAGGACUAUCCACGCUCGACUCGGGCCACGGGGGGAGGGGGCGUCGAGCGUCGCCCGGAAGAGAAUCGUCGGGGACCAUCCGAGGGGCGCCGCGCCUACAUCCGAAGACGAGAGAGAGAAAGAGAGAGAGAGCGAGUUUCGCGCCGGUUUCUCAAGCUCUAAUCUUCCCCCUCCGCCGCGAGGGGGGGUAAUUGUAAAUACAUUUGUACAUACGCUCAUCGCAUUCCACACGAGAUCUCUCACACGGUUAUAAGGACCCGGCACGAAUCCCCCCCCCUUCCCCCUCCUCUUCUCCCGUUUCUUUUACUCCGCUUAGGAUCCUGUCAUUCCGAUUUCUUUCCCUCGCCGACCGCGCGAGUCCCGCCGGCGUUCGCUGGCUCCUCCGUCGUGAGCUCCACCGUGCGAGAUCGGGUGGCCGCGGGUCAGGACUCGCUCGGCUCAUCCUGCGCUCCCCGUCGGACGCGCGCACGCGUCCGCGUGCACCGGGCGCGCUCGAAAACGCUCGUUACACUCGAGUCAUUACAUAGCGCGCGCGCCCCGCCCAGUCGGUCUCGCCGAUCGAUCGCCUUUUCUCGCGGAGAGGUCCUUCCUGGGUACCCACAAUCGUGGAAGUGUUCGGCACGGAUUCCGAUCGGAGCUUCGUUCCCCCCCCUCCCGUGGAAAGCGCAAUGGAGAUCUAGGAGAUAAUUGAACGAUUCCGAACACUUCCACGACAGGUAUCCUGGAGAACGCGGACAGCGGGGAGGGAGAAGAAAAAGAAAAGAAGCUCCGCUCCUCGGAACAAAGCCGCGUGCCGGUCUUCCUCCUGGAGCUCGAUUGGCGACCGUCCUGCCAAUCGACGAGUCUCCGAGCCGCGGGAGCUGGACACGACGCGAGGCGAGGCGAGACGACCGAUCGAUCGGGCCGGAGGUUUCGACGGGGUCCAGUUUGAUUUCCCCGUCGAGUUGCCGCGCUCCGUCGCUGGUGUCCCCGACUACUUGUAUAGUUGUCGCUAUGUCUCGUUGUUAGUAGCCUCUUAUAUUAUAAUUUAGAAAGCGCUGACACCCCCCCGCAUCCUCCUCGACCCGCGUAAAUAUUGUAUGUAUAUUUGCAAAGACUGAAGGGCUGUAAGUACAUCAUUGCGCGGGCGUACACGUACACACACACACACACACGAAAUAAAUGCAAGCUGUGUCUAUAAGUUAA